UCGAAACCUCAACUAUGGGGUUCGACGAAAACUGUCUGACUUAUUGGACCCUCAAGACAGCUGGAAAGACGUUAUUGUUUCAAUACAUAAACCCACAGGGGAGCCGAGGUACUCUCAGCAACAUCUAAGGUAAUGUGCCAAUCAGCUACUUCUCUGACGGCAGUGACACCAUCGCCAUCAUAACAAGUUGUUACCUUCUGUCAAGCCUGCAUGAUAUUUUGUAACAUGUUUUGGGUUGUUUCCCUUUUCUACUGCUCCAUUCUUGAACUAACCUUCAUAUAACAGGCGAUUUGAAGCAGUAGUUUUACAGGGAAGAAGUCCUACCAUGGAGCUACUGAAUGACUGGGGGACAUCUAACAGCACCGUGGGAGAGUUAGUGGACAUUCUGAUGAGCCACAGGUUAAUGGCUGCAGCCAGUAUUAUUCUACCAGAUGCAAUCAACAACCCCCGUCCAGCAGUCCCCCAGCCACCUGAUUCUCCCAGAGACAAAGAGAUGGUAGGCAACAGCGAUGCUGCAACAAGACCCCUGGGGAGGACAGAGGCACAGACAAAGGAACAGCCACCACCAGACAGCACCUCGGAGCCACAGGAGGACCCAGAACCCAAUGGCACUGCAGGUUUUCUCAGGCUUUCUUUCCACGAGCUGAAGAAGAUAACUGGUAAUUUUGACGAGAGGCCAGUGCGUGACGGUGGGAGCAGACUUGGUGAGGGCGGCUUUGGAACGGUCUACAAAGGCCUCAUCAAUGGCAAACCUGUGGCAGUGAAGAAACUACACUCAAUGGAAGACAUCUCACUUGAAGAGCUGAGCGUUCAGUUCAUUCAAGAGGUUCAAACUCUUAUGGCGUUGAAACACGAAAACCUAGUAGACAUGGUUGGCUUUUCCCGUGAUGGCCAUCACCCCUGUUUGGUGUAUGCUUACAUGUCCAAUGGUUCAUUGCUAGAUCGUCUGGCUUGCUUGGAUGGUAGCCCUCCUCUUUCCUGGCACAGGAGAUGUUUGAUCGCUGUGGGAACGGCCAGAGGCUUAGAUUAUCUGCACAGCAACCACCAUGUCCACAGAGAUGUCAAGAGUGGUAAUAUUUUGCUGGAUGAAUUGCUUGUGCCGAAGAUCUCCGAUUUUGGGCUGACCCGAGCCUCAGCCACGCGAUCGUCGGCGACAGUGAUGACAGAGAGGAUUGUGGGUACAACAGCAUACAUGGCAAAUGAGGCACUCAGGGGCGAGAUCACUCCUAAAUCUGACAUCUACAGUUUUGGAGUGGUGUUGCUAGAAAUAUUGUCAGGACUCCCGCCAGUCGAUGAAAACCGUGAUCCCAAGUUCCUGAUGGAGAUGAAAGAUGAGAUUGAUGAGGAGGAGAUGGCCCUGGAGGACUUUGUGGACAAGAAGAUGACAGACUGGGACCUGCCAUUGGUGGAGAGGACCUACUUCUUAGCGAGCGACUGUCUCAGUGACAAGAAGAACAAACGGCCACUGAUGGAAGAGGUCCUGACAGAGCUUGAAGAUGUUGUCAAAAGCAUUUCACUGGAACAGCUGGGACCCCAGAGUGAAGCAUAGACAACAGGAAGAACGACUAUCCCUCACUCAUUUUCCUUAAGUUUAAUUUGCUGAAGAAAAGGACCAAACAUGUUACACCAGUCUUGUAUUUUUUGCCAAAAUAAUAAAUAUAUUUUCCAUCUUU